GGGGCUGCCGGCGCGGCUCGGCGCGGCUCGGCUCGGCGGCGCUUGGAGCCGGGCACCGCGGACACGUCGGAGCCAUGGCCCCGCCGCUCCUCCGCCUCCUCCUCCUCCUCCUCCUCCUGCUGGUCCACGGUGCCACAGCCAGGCUGGAGGAGAAGCUCAUCCAUGUCGAGAAGUAUGAGAUGGUGACACCACGCAAUAUGCCGGUGCCUCGGGAGAAGAGGGACCUCUCUGCGCUACCACAGAGCACCUACCCGGACCGUGUCCUCUACAGUAUCCGUGCCGAAGGCAGUGACUACCUCCUGUGGCUGGAGAAGAACAAGGAGCUGCUAGGGCAGCACUACACUGAGACGCACUACUCUGCUGACGGCACGGAGAUCACAGAGCAGCCGGACGUUCAGGAUCACUGCCUUUAUCAGGGCCACGUGCGAGGAUAUGCCGACUCAGCAGCAAGCAUCAGCACCUGCGGCGGGCUCAGUGGGUUUUUCCGGGUGAAUGAGACCACUUUCCUGCUGGAGCCCCUGGAGGAGGAUGCGGCCGGCCAGCAUGCAGUGUACAGAGCAGCUCACCUGCGGGGGAAGCGUGGCACAUGCCCAGAGUCCGGUGCCACCCUGGAAUAUGACCAUGAACCGAGAAUUCCCGCAGCCAUGAAGCUCUACCGCUGGAAAUCAGCUCCGUUACACAAAGGUCCCCGAUAUGUGGAGCUGGUCCUGGUCGUGGACAACGAGGAGUUCAGGAAACACAAGGACUUGCGCACAGUGCAGAACCGCAUGAAGGAGGUCGUGAACCAUGUCGACAAGCUUUAUCAGCCUCUUCGCCUGCGGGUGGCCUUGAUUGGCUUGGAGGUGUGGAGCCACAAGGACAAAAUUGUGGUCAGUCCCAACCCGGAGGUGACGCUGGACAACUUCCUCCACUGGCGAGAGGCAGAGCUGCUGCGGAGGAAGCCACACGACAAUGCCCAGCUGAUCACGGGCAUAGACUUCCAUGGCACGACUGUAGGGCUCGCCAAGAAGCUCGUGAUGUGUACCAGGGACUCGGGCGGUGUCAACCAGGACCACAGCAUGAAUCCUUUUGGUGCUGCAUCCACCAUGGCCCACGAGAUGGGGCACAACCUGGGGAUGUCUCAUGAUGAAGAUAUUGCUGGCUGCCAGUGUCCUGUCCCCAAGGAUGAUGGAGGAUGUGUCAUGGCGGCAAGUGUUGGCUUGGUUUAUCCGAAGCUCUUCAGCCGCUGCAGCGAGCAGGACAUGUGGCAGUUCCUAGGGGACCCCAGGACCAGCUGCCUGCUGAAUGUCCCCAGGGCGGAUGAGUUGUACGGGGGGCCGGUGUGCGGGAACCAGUUUGUGGAGCGGGGAGAGCAGUGUGACUGCGGUACACCAGAGGAGUGCUCCGACCGCUGCUGCAAUGCCACCACUUGUCAGCUGAGAGAGGGAGCCGAGUGCGCCCAGGGGAGCUGCUGCCAGGACUGCAAGGUGAAAGCUGCUGGUGUGCUCUGCCGGGCCAGCAAGAAUGACUGCGACCUGCCCGAACACUGCACUGGCUUCAGUGCCGAGUGCCCGGAGGAUGUUUUCCAGGAGAAUGGCAUCCCCUGCCAGAACGGCAAUGGCUACUGCUACAAUGGGGCUUGCCCCUCUCACAGCGAGCAGUGCCGUGCGCUCUGGGGUGCAGAGGCCCGGGUGGCUCCUGAUGUUUGCUUUAAGCGCAACAGUGAGCAACACCUUCACCUCCACUGCCUCACCAAGUACGGGAAGCGGCCCUGCAGCCCCAAGGAUGUGAAAUGCGGCACGCUGCUGUGCCUGAGCGACAACACCAGCCCUGUCCUUGGCAGUGGCUCCUACUCCCUCUUCUUUGGACGCUUCAAGUGCAAGGCAGUCAUUGCCGGCAGCGACGCCAACGAGGUGAUGGCCAAGCUCAGGCUGGUGCCCACCGGUGCCAAGUGUGGAGAGGAGAUGGUCUGCUACGCUGGUCGCUGCCAGAACCUCCUCGUCUACGGCGACAAGAACUGCUCAGCCAAGUGCAACAACCACGGGGUGUGCAAUCACAAGCGGGAGUGUCACUGUGAGCCAGGCUGGGCAGCGCCCUACUGCGAGCAGAAGAUUUCAGGGAUGGCGGCAGGGAGCAGCAGCGUGGUCUUGGUGGCAGUGCCGGCUGUGCUGGCACUCUCCGGCAUCCUGCUGGGCAGUGGCGUCAUGCUUCUCAGAGGCAGGGGGACCAGACGCUUCCAGAAAGGGAGGACCUCUGGUGAGCCCGCUGCCAGCCUCGCUGACCCGCUCUUCCAGGAGGGCAGACGGACACCCCGUCCCCACCGCCAGCUGUCUCGCCGUGACAUUGGCCACCCGAACCUGCUCAGCAGCACGGCAGCCCCAGGGGAUGCCCAGCCCCUCGGGCCCUGCCACCCGGCACCGCAGGUCAGGGAGCCAAAGGGAGACCUGGCGUGGGGCAGGAAUGGCUGGUCGGGGGGGAGGGCAGCCUCUCACCCCCGCUUUUUGCUGACCCUGCAGCCACCAGAACUGGUUCCCAAGGUGACAUCUCCAGCCUCUCCAGGACAGCCCCUGCAGGUGAAGCCGAAGCCGCCCAGCAAGCCUCUCCCACCACUGAAGAGCAAGGCGCUGUGCAACGGCAAUGGGCUGCCAGGACUGGCCCUCCCUUGCCCCCUGAUGACAACCCCCAUGGUCCUUCAGCAGGGCAUCCCCCCGAAGGUGGCCCUGAAGCCACCACCCCCGGCCAGGAGGUGACCAAGGAUGCUCCAUCCACCACCAUGGCUGAGGAGAUGCCGGCUCUCGUGGCACAGCCGCAGAGCCGCUGUCUGGCUUCCACCCUUACUUGAAUCGCUCACUGGACCCUCCCCCAGGAUGGCACCCGUGUUUACAGAUAUUUUGAGUUGUGCCUUAACAGACUUCAUAGCCUCGUGGCUGGCCCAGGGAGAGCCGUCAGCUGGGGCUUCACGAGGAGACCAGGAGCAGGGGGACAAUGCCAGCUCUGGUUCUGAGGCCAGCCCAAAGUUGGUCCAGGCUCUCCUGCACCCUGGGAGCUGCUGCCUUCUCUCCUGAUGUCCUGAAUAUGUCCUGCUCCUCACGCCUUCCCUGCUGGGGUCAUGGCAAGAAGCUCCUGGCAUGGCCUGCUGGGGCUGGAGAAGCACUGAACCACAGGGACCAUGCCCCAGGACCACCAGCCCGCCCAGGGACAGUCACAAGGGGAGGUCUCGCCAGGGGCUUUGGCAGGUCCAAGCUGGGCUUGGCCUCCCCACAGGGCUUUUAUCUCUGAACUUACCACCUGAGCGACUGUUCUCCUGAAAUGGAAUUUCCUGGGAGCCUUUUUACUGCAGCCGUUAACUUACAACCCUUCUGAGCCAUCUGUUGUGAAAACAGUCGCGUCCCCCCACCCCAUUUUUGAUAUAAUUUAGGUUGAAGGCUUUUGUACCAAUAA